UCAAACCCAAGGUCAGAUGCUUCAAAUCCAAGGUCAGAAGACACUCUUCACCAUUUCAGAAGACAGACCAUGGAGGACAAUGGACCGGACCGUUUUCGAGGUUUUGAAUGGUUUUGAGGCACAGUAAACAGAUUGGAAACUGAAGGCUGCACUGGCUCAAGGCGCUCAAGGCUGCAGAGUGAGUGAGUUUGGUCUCGAUGGGUGUCUUAGGCUAUGGCUCCUUGGCCCCCCACGUGAUGUUGGGCGAUUUACUGAAACGCCAUCCGCAUGGCCAGGCCAAUGCCGCUCUCGCUUUCAACCUGGCGUUGGCGGUCUCGUCCUUGACGGAUGCGCCCUUGACCGCUGGACGGCUGUCGACCUGCUCCAAGGCCCUGCGGACGGCGAUCGGCAAGGCUUUGCAUGAGCUCCAACGGGAGAGGCUUUACGUCAUUGGAGGCUUGGACAACAGCUUCGCUCCUUUGGCCUUGGUCGAGCGCUUCGACCCCUUGGAGGGCACCUGGGAGACCUUGCCUCCCAUCAGCACGGCCCGCCACGGGGCAUGCGCCGCCGCCUUCGGUGGAUAUCUGUACGUGAUCGGUGGCGAGGUCAACGGUGUGGCCCUGCGCGACGUGCAGCGCUUCGCGCCGCGGAGCGGCGCACGGCGCUGGGAGACGAUGCCCUCCACGGCCUUGGGCCGCAUCAAGGCGGCGGCCACCGAGUGUCAGGGGCUGCUGUAUGUCUUGGGUGGGAACGAUGGCUUCACUGCCUUGCGCUCGGUGGAGCGCUAUGACCCCUUUGAAGGGCGUUGGCAGAGCGUGGCCUCCAUGCAGAAGCCCAGAUACGCAGCCUCAGCCAUGGCCAGGGAGGAUUGCAUCCUCGUCUUCAGCGGCGAGCUCAGCGAGGAGGGGGCUGCUGCGUCCUUGGAAAUCUACGACAUCCAGGCCAACACCUGGCACUUGUUGCCUUCCCUGCGAUCGCCCCUUUGUGGCUCCGUGCCUAUCUUGAAGGCGUCCGGCGAUGAGGUCUACAGCUUCGGAGGCUUGGGCUUGAGUGGCCAAGCGUUGACCCUGGCGGAGCGUGCCUCGCUCCAGCACCUCGAGGAGCAUGCCUAUUCCGGAUCGUCCGCCCGGGUGCCUUGGAGCCCAUUGCCACCGAUGCUCACGGCGCGGCAACAGAUCUCCGCCUGCAACUUCCAGGAAGGCGUGGUCCUGGUGGGUGGCAAGGGCAUCACAUCGGAGGCACAAGCAAAGGUCGAGUGCUACUCAGAGGGACUUGGCUGGCGUGCAUUGCCGCCCUUGGGCUUGCCACGCAUGCGUUGCGCGGUGGUCGCAGGCCAUAUCUGAGCUCCGAGCCACGGGGUGGCAUAGGAGGAUCACAGCGUAGCAGGAAGCGCUUGCACAAGCUUGCAUGCACAGUCCACAGGGUCAUGUGAUGCAAACACA